AAUGUGGAAACAUAUAUGUUUCAUCAACAAAAAAAUAUGGCGUCAUUUAUGAUGUCAGGCGGUCACCUCACUUUGUCUAUAUAUACCACAUAUCUACCAAAAAGCACUUCACCCUCAAAACACUUGAUAAUGCUUGAUAUGGAGAGCAAGUGUGACGCUUCUGCCGCUAUCAUCUCUGCUUCUCCAACCUCUUCUCCUCCUCCACCACAGCUUUCACCACGUUUGGUGCUUAGCCCAUGCGCUGCUUGCAAAAUCUUGAGGCGGCGUUGUGGAGAUAAAUGCGUUUUGGCUCCCUACUUCCCUCCAACGGAGCCAGCCAAGUUCACUAUCGCCCACCGUGUGUUUGGAGCCAGCAACAUCAUUAAGCUCUUGCAGGAACUUCCCGAAUCACAAAGAACCGAUGCUGUAAAUAGUAUGGUGUAUGAAGCCGGAGCUAGAAUCAGAGAUCCAAUAUAUGGAUGUGCCGGUGCCAUAUACAAUCUACAAAGACAAGUGAGUGAACUCCAAGCACAGCUAGCAAAAGCUCAAGUGGAGAUAGUAAGUAUGCAGUUACAAAGAUCAAAUCUACUAGAACUGAUUCACAACAUGGACCAACCAAACCAAGAGCAACACAACAUGUCAUUUGAGAGUUCCUUUGGAAAUUGUGAUGAGUUCAUUAGCAGCCCGGACGAAGAGAGCAAUGAUUUUGGAUUCAUUGAAGACAACAAGUACUCCAACACCAUUCCAUCAACGUUGUGGUGUGAUCCUCUUUGGAUAUGAUAUUAACUAUAUAUAGUAUGAUUUUGACUAUACUUCACUUCAAAGCCUUUUAGUUAAGUUACUCAUGGCUAGUUAUAGCAAACUUAGCAUACACAUUGUUAGAGACACACUAUUAAUGUAAUAAAUUAUAUGGUGAAUUUAUCGGAAAUUUUAAUAUGUCAAAGGUUGUUUAUGCUGAAA